AUGUGGCAAAGACUGGUAUUUUUAUUGUUAUAUUUUCUCAUACAAACAUAUGGAUAUUCCGAGCUCACGGAUAAAAGCAACAAUAGUUCAACACCACUGGACAUCAGCGAUCACGACUCCAAAAAUAAUGACGUCUUCCGGCAAUUACUGAACCAGGAAACAAUCAUUCGAAUGUCAUUAGUGAAGAACGUACAUACUCUAUCGAAGGACAUGCUCGAUCUUAAGAAAAGUAUGGAAACAUUGGAAUCCUUUAAACGGAAAACAGAUUCAGAGAUGGCCACCUUAAAAAAGGAAGUGGAUAAUUUAAAAAGAGAAAACCAAAGACUUGAACUAGAAAACAGGCGUUAUGAGGAAACGUUCAAUGCUACUACGGAAAACUUCACCAAAAUCGAUGAAAAUUUUCAACAGGUUGUGGACCAAUUGGAGGAGAAAAGAGAGAGUUUCGAGACAAACACUAGUGAAGUACUGGCGAAUCUUAAAGUAGAAGUUCGAUACCUGUCAGUUACUCUUCUGGACUUGAAUAAACACACUUUGGAAAUUGACAAGCGUAUUUCUGAUAAGAUUCAGGAAAAAUAUAAACAGUUAUCUUUGAGACUGAACACAUCUGUAGAGAACCUGAACAAUGAUAUAAUGACAACAAAUAAAUCCAUGUCUGACCUCAAAGACUCGCAAAAUAGCAUUGAAAAUUUUAUAACUAUGAACAUCAAUAAAACAUUGGAGGACAUGAGGGCUGAAGUGAAACAAUCUAAGUAUGAUCAACUGCAGCUGUCCUCUACAGUGUCCUCUCUCGAGGUGUUCCGAAUGAAUUUGACAAAUAACCUACAUGGCAGGCCAAAGAAUGUAGGCUUUUCCGCCUCAGUGACUUCCCCUAACUCUUCAUGGAACAGUGGAACGCUGGUUUUUUCUUCUGUUAUCACAAAUGAAGGAAAGGGAUACAACCCAAGUAAUGGAAUAUUUACGGCUCCUACUGGCGGGGUAUAUGUCUUCUUUGUCAAUGUUCAGAGUUAUUACAGAAAAACUAUUUAUGCGGAUAUUGUGUUGAAUGGAUCAACAAAAGUUAAGACUAUGGCCCAUAGUAAUUAUAAUGACGCAGGUCCCAAUAUGGUAGUGCUGACCAUUGAGAAAGGAGACGCAGUUUGGGUCAGAUACAGCUCUGGUCAAGGUUAUUACAGUAGUGGUUCAAUAACCACAUUCUCCGGUUUUCUCAUAUAAUUAUAUCUGUAACGUUCGUUGUACAUACGAUCCACUUAACAUUGAGUAUAUAUACUGUGCAUCAAAAUGUAUAAUCUUUUUAUAUUUGCUUGAAAAUAGGUUAAACUUGAACACUGGCUUCAAAACGCGUGAGAACUUACAGGAUACGUUAGUCAAUCGAUUGUUUUUCGUUUAUUUUUGUAGCGUCAUAUGACCUUUGAUAUUAUGAAUUGUUGUAAAGACAGAUGAAAUUAGGGCAAUUAUCGAAUAUAUAUA